AUCUAAGAGAGAGCUCUGAAAAAGUGAUCAGGCUUUGAAACCCGAUUUGUCACUAAACCGAAAUUGUCCCAAAUCUUAUCACCAUCAUAGUAAUGUGACGAAAUUCCCAGUCAUGGAGUCGAAUGCCCCAACCCAGGCCGAGGACUCCGCGGAUGUUGGUCAAAAUCAACCCAAUACCAUUGUUAUCCAGCUGGUGCCAAUACCAUUUAACGGUGAAAGGCAGGACGGGCCAUUCUGCGUCCAGGCGAUACCACUUUACUUUGGACCCACGGACCCCCAAGCCGGACCGCCUCAAAGAGCUGUUCCGGAUAGGAGCAGAAUGCGACCGGAUAUGGGUGGUCCUCCCAAGCAGAUGAGUGUUCCAAACCCUAACAGAAAUCCUAGAAACUUCUGUAACCUGUGUCGUGGUCAGAACUAUUCCCAGGCUCAAGGGGCUCCAUUUAUCCCACCGAGGAGCUAUCCGAUGGCGCCAGGUCCUCCACCGGGCGUCAGGCGUUACCCAACCGAUGACGGCUACAACGAAUCCCGAUACUGUAGGAAUACCCCAUGUUGCUGCUCCUGUCACCGCAAUUUUGUUCCGCCUCAGGAGCUAUUCGAGGAGCAGAUGGAUACUCUCAAAAAUAAUCAGCGCGAACGGACACCAGUGGUUGAGCCUGGGGACGAAGGAUACCGGGAUCAGAGUACCAAUACCACAGAAGCUGCUGCAGCGGCCAAUGUACUAGGUAGCCUGGAAGCCCUGAAGGUCAUAUGCGAAUCGUUGGGAAAGGCAAUGGUGGCGGCGACAGCGGUAGCCGUGGGAGCAGCUCAGAAACAGGCGAUUGCCCAAGUUAAGAGCGAGUUUCCAUAAAAAACUAAUACAUGACUAUAUUCCUCCCGAUCCUGGCGACACGGAGUCUAUUGAUAUUCCUGAACCUGAUGUUGUAAGGACUAUUGACGAUGAAAAAUUUAUAAAGAUUGAGGACCAAGAUGAUACUGAUUCCAUCUCGGAAAAAAAGAAUCCAAAUGAUAUACUGAGAAAAAUAAAUAGUGAGGAUGAGGAUGUUGGCGAGGAGACUAGUUCGAUUCGUUAUUUGGAUAUCCCUGUUGUUGAGGAACGACCAGUAGACGCUGAGGUGGUGUCAUUGGUCUCUCGCGAGUUUCCCAAAACCCCACGUCCAACUUAUUUAUUUAAUAAUACAGAUGAUAUAGAAUCUGAGCCCAAUUCCCCAACUUCCAGUCCAACUCAAAAUGAAAAUGAAGACAACAAUGCAGUUACCGAAGUAUCUCCAUCGAAUCCGGACCAAAAUGACUCGCCUCCUGUGGAAAAAAAACCUCCAGAGCUAUCGGAAGCUGAAAAUCGUGCUCAUCCCUUAAGUAUAUCAGUGAUUAUGGAUGACACGGAUAAAAAUGAGACUCCCCAGCACCUGUCCCUUGCCAAUGAUUCUCAUUCGGAUCAAGUCAAGACAAAAUUAUAUCCAAUUAACCGCUCCCGUGAGAGUUCCAUGGAGCACUUCGCAGAUCCAUCGGAAUCGGAACGAAGUGUUCAGGUUGAACGAAUCGAACCCCUUAAGAUACAUUUAACGGAGAGUACCGUAUCAUUAUUCCCCAAAAUUCCACUAGAUGAAUCAGUUCCAGACAGGCCCCAGGAUAAUGAAGAAAAUUCUCGAAUUGCCUCGGGAUCAUCGACCGUCCAGAACAGGAGAAGCAAAAUAGAUAACUCAAUUCCACAUCCUGGAGAUCCACAUGGAAAAGCCUCCCCGGACAAAGUACCUUCCGCAAAAUCUCCUGCAUUACAUUCGAGCCUUAAGAGUUCGUCCUCAAAAAAGUCUCCUAAGAAGUCCGUGUCAUUUGCCAAUACCUGUGCCGAUAAUCCAUCUUCGACGGGGAAACAAAAAUAUUCUAAACAUCUGCCCCAGUCAGAAAUAGAAUGUGCGCCAAGCCAAGCCGAGAUGAAUCCCAAAGCCCGGAACCCACCAUCUAUAUCAAGUAAUGCCAUAAAGAGGAGACCGUUCAAUGAUAGGCAUUUUUCCAGUAAAGCAAAAAGGAAAGCCGGCACAAUCGGACCACCUACAUACCGUUGUACGGGUCCUGUUUCAUGGGUCAAUAGUCCUGCCGAAUUCCCGACAUCCCAAACCAGCUGUCACACAUUCCAAUAUACUCAAGUCAAUAGUACCAAGCAACCCAUCCCCGAAGGCCAAACUUAUGCCGUCCAAUAUCAGUUCAAUUCUGUCGAUCAAAAUUUGUAGUUUAUGCGGAAAUAUUUUAAUAGUCUAGAUAAAUCGGUUUAAAAUACACUACAACAAAUGAAAACGAACAUAAAACUGGCUUCAAUAAAUCGUCUAUCUAUA